ACUAACAUGUGUGAAACAAAGAAGGUAGAUCCAGCAUACCAACAGGCUGACACUAAAUAAUUUUACUUUUCACAGUUGGCUGUCUGGUCAACUGUAGCCCUUGCACAUAUAUGUAAUACUCCUAUAUUGCUAGAAGAGUGUUGACCGUCAGCCCAAACAUUACGGUGCAGACGUAUAAUAGCCUCUCUCUCGCGAACGGCCCAGCUGAUUUGUGCGCAUGCGGUUACAUUUUUUAAAACACCAUUAGGCGCGAUUUUCACAUAACCUGUUUUCGUGAUUUGUGCGUGUGUGCGACGGUAAACAACGCAUAUUAUAAGCGUCCCAAGUGAGACAAACCAAAGAAAAAAUUUACAAUGGUGCGAAUUUGUUUUUUGUGUCAGAAAAAGGCAGCAAAGGAUGGAAAUUUUGCAAUGCACAAAUUUCCAAAAGAGGUGAGCAUUCGGGCACAGUGGUUACAUGCCUGCAAAUUAUCUGACAAGGACAAUGUGAUACAUGUACACAUUUGCUCCGAUCACUUUGUACCAAGUGAUUAUAAAAAUAGCAUAGGACUGUGUAGCAGAAAGUGGUUAUUGAAACCAGGAGCAGUGCCUUCCGUUAAUGUGCCAAAUCCUCCAGCUGCCGAAUUGCAGUUCCAGUCAACAUCUGAGAUUAUAAUGGACGAGACACGAUUAGUGCCUUCUAUUGAUGUUCCAAAUCCUUCAGCUGCCGAACUGCAGUUCCAGUUAACAUCUGAUUAUACAAUGGACGAGACACAAUCAGUGCCUUCUAUUGAUGUUCCUCCAGAUUUCACAUCAGUUUCAAAUGUAGGAGAACUGGAAUUUUCAACAUCCAAGAAUGUGAUGGAUGAGACACGUCACGAGAAUGAACAGCUGCAUACUCCUCCGAAGAAACGGAGAUUUGCAGAACCUCGGUUUAUAUCAGACAUUGUAAGCUCCGAUUUCUCAACACCGAAAAGGACUCGAAGAGUCAUUGCUAUGGUGAACAAAAUCCAUAAUAAAAAACGUCGGAUUAAGGCAUAAAAUAUUUUGUAUUCCAUUUUUUUCUAUUUUACUCGUACUUUUUACGCUAAAUAUUCUGAGGAAGUAAUUAAAUCUUAAGAUUGUUCCAUUUAAAACAGUAAUAAUGACUUGCUUGAACUAUUAAAAACGCUUUUAUCUAAAAA